AUAUUUUUAUAUUUGAUUUUUAUUUUGAAUUUUUUCAGUGUUAGAAGUGCUUUCAGUGUUAUUUCCUGCGACUAAAAAUGAAGAUCGAAAUCUGAACUAGCUACCACCCCCUUAGGGACAGAUUUGCAAUUUAUUGGGCAUUGCAGACUUGAUGAAGGAAGUACGUUUGUACAUUGCAAACUGAUUUGACUUCGUCAUGGCGGGAUUGCCUGUGGAUAGGAAUUUCUUGUGGACCAUGUUCUCCAGAAUUGACACAGAUCGAAGUGGUUCUAUUUCAGCCGAUGAACUUCAACAAGCUCUUUCAAAUGGAGCCUGGACACCAUUCAAUCCAGAGACAGUGCGCCUCAUGAUUGGUAUGUUUGAUCAUGAUAACUCAGGGGCAAUAGAGUUCAAUGAGUUCCAGGCAUUGUGGCAGUAUGUAACUGACUGGCAAAGAACAUUUAGAAGUUAUGAUCAAGACAACUCUGGAACCAUUGACAGGGAAGAACUCAAGACAGCUCUUACAAACUUUGGGUACAGAUUGUCUGAGAGAAUGUACACUAUUCUUAUAACAAAGUUUGAUCGCUGUGACAGAGGCUCAAUCAACUUUGAUGAUUUCAUCCAGUGUUGUCUGAUAUUACAGAUUCUGACAAAUUCCUUCAGAAGCCGUGACCGAAAUCUGAAUGGCUGGAUAACAAUAGGAUAUGAGGAUUUCUUAACAAUGGUGUUAAGCUUGAACCUAAAUUAGAUACUCUUUGAAAAGGAACUUGAUUUCAAAUCAAACAACAUUUAUAAGUUGAUGUUUUCCUUCUUCUAAACACCUUUGUCCAGGACCAUGUACUGAUAUAUGGUGAAGAGAAAUUAUGGCUUGGUCACUCCUAGAGGUGGACGAGUGGAGCUGAAAAUUUUUUAUAACAUUUCUGCUCCCACGGAUAAUUUUACAAUAAUGUGUAAAGUUUAAGAUUAUUAUCAUUUAGAAUAUAUCAUUUUGACAACUGAAUAUUUCAGAUUGUAGUAAUAGAUAAUAUCAUGUCAAUGAUGGCAGUUAAAUAAAUAUUAAUAGACUUGUAAGAUAUGCCCAGAAAAAAUUGUCAUGGAGCUGAAAAAUUCUUAUAACAUUUCUGCUCCCAUGGAUAAUUUUACAAUAAUGAGUAGAGUUUAAGAUUAUUAUAAUUUAGAAUAAUUACUGGCAUCUUGUAUCUCCUUAUAAUAUCACCCCUGAAUCAAACAUUUAUAUCACAAGUGUAAAGGAAAUGAUCACCAACUAAUUUAAUGGAUGAAAGGGGUAAGUUUCUAAAGAAACUGUAGUGCUGCGUCAAUCACUCUGACGAAGGGCUAACGCUCAAUGCGUCAGCUUUUUUAGCCUUUGUGGUGGCUAAUUUACGUUUUCAACUCAGUUGUUAACACUAAAUUACCUAAUUUAAUGGAAGCUCUGGAUUUUAAACAGCACCUCAGGAAAUGCAGAGAGAACAGUGUGGCAAAUAUGUAUUCCAAGUUAAAGAGUAAAAGGUUAAUGGCACUGGUUAUUUGUAACAGGCACAUAGAAAGUAACUAUGCAAGCAAGACAAAACCAACAAGUUUUUAUUAACAGCCUUGGUCAAAUUAAGGUGGACAUUUAUUUUGCCUGCCUCAUAAUUAGAACAUUUUGUAUCAAAGUGAUGUAGUUUAAUAUUUCUUGUAAUAAAUAUUA